UUUUUUUCGAAAAUAGUUGGCAGCGCUGUUUGCUACUGCCUAUACUGUGAUCACAGCCAACUUCGCAUUUUUUCUUUGCAACAAAAAGGUGCGCUUUCGGAAAUAAACGCGUGUUUUCUGGUUGCAUUUUUGGAAUAAAUCUGUUUUAAACGUUUGAAAACGCGCAUUUGUGUAAAUAUUUUCAUUUUUGCAAAGUUAAGUCAACAUCGCUAAGCCAGAAAAUGUCGAAAAGACGUAUAGAAGUGGGCGAAACGUAUAACACGAAGUCGAAGAAAGAUUUCGAUACGACUACGUCCGCAUUUAGCAAUCCUACACCAGUGGCUCAUGUUGCUGGUGUAGCUAGCGCUUCGCGGCAGCCCGGCACUAUAAAUCCUUACAACCUGAAACCAUUUACACAGCGCUAUUUCAACCUAUAUAAGAAGCGAAUUACACUUCCUGUUUUCGAAUAUCAAGCAGAUUUUAUGCGUCUACUGAAUGAACACCAAAGUAUAGUUUUGGUGGGUGAAACUGGUUCUGGCAAGACCACACAAAUUCCACAAUGGUGCGUUGAAUUUGCCAUGUCAAAAGGAAAGAAGGGCACUGCUUGUACACAACCACGUCGUGUGGCCGCUAUGUCUGUUGCGCAACGUGUUUCUGAGGAAAUGGAUGUCACCCUUGGUGAGGAGGUUGGUUAUUCCAUCCGUUUUGAAGAUUGCUCAUCACCGAAAACAGUACUGAAGUACAUGACAGACGGUAUGUUGUUGCGUGAGGCUAUGUCCGAUCCCAUGCUAGAACAAUAUCAAGUAAUAUUGUUGGAUGAGGCCCACGAACGUACUUUGGCAACAGAUAUUUUGAUGGGUGUUUUGAAAGAAGUCAUCAGACAACGAAACGAUCUGAAAUUGGUUGUCAUGUCUGCUACUUUAGAUGCAGGCAAAUUUCAACAGUAUUUCGAUAAUGCACCUUUAAUGAACGUACCAGGUCGUACACAUCCCGUUGAAAUUUUCUAUACGCCUGAACCAGAACGCGAUUAUUUAGAAGCAGCUAUACGCACAGUCAUACAGAUACACAUGUGUGAAGAUAUUGAAGGUGAUGUAUUAAUGUUUUUAACUGGUCAAGAGGAAAUCGAGGAGGCAUGCAAACGUAUAAAGCGUGAAACAGACAACUUGGGCACGGAUGUGGGCGAAUUAAAAUGUAUUCCCCUUUACUCUACUUUACCGCCAAAUUUGCAACAACGCAUUUUUGAACCUGCACCGCCGCGUAAUGCAAACGGUUCCAUUGGACGUAAAGUAGUCGUUUCCACCAACAUCGCUGAAACAUCGCUGACCAUUGAUGGUGUAGUUUUCGUUAUUGAUCCUGGCUUUGCUAAACAAAAAGUUUACAAUCCACGUAUACGUGUCGAGAGUUUACUAAUAUCAGCCAUUUCAAAGGCAUCAGCCCAGCAACGCGCAGGUCGUGCUGGUCGUACACGUCCUGGCAAAUGUUUUCGUCUGUAUACAGAGAAGGCAUACAAAAACGAGAUGCAGGAUAAUACAUAUCCUGAAAUUUUACGUUCAAAUUUAGGUACCGUGGUAUUGCAGUUGAAAAAACUUGGCAUUGAUGAUUUGGUGCACUUCGACUUUAUGGAUCCACCUGCACCGGAGACACUUAUGCGUGCUCUGGAAUUACUUAAUUAUUUGGCUGCGCUGGAUGACGAUGGCAAUUUAACCGAUUUGGGUGCGGUUAUGUCAGAAUUUCCCUUGGAUCCGCAAUUGGCUAAAAUGUUAAUUGCUAGCUGUCAGCAUAAUUGCUCAAAUGAAAUACUAUCAAUUACGGCUAUGCUGUCGGUGCCACAAUGCUUUGUGCGUCCGAAUGAGGCUAAGAAGGCUGCAGAUGAGGCAAAGAUGCGUUUUGCACACAUCGACGGUGAUCACUUAACGUUAUUGAACGUCUACCACGCUUUCAAACAGAGUGGCGAGGACCCCAACUGGUCUUAUGAGAAUUUCAUAAAUUUCCGUUCGUUGAAAUCAGCUGACAAUGUACGCCAACAGCUUGCACGUAUAAUGGAUCGUUUCAAUUUGAAACGCAGCAGCACUGAAUUCACAUCAAAAGAUUAUUAUGUCAAUAUACGUAAGGCGUUGGUGCAGGGAUUCUUCAUGCAGGUGGCGCAUUUAGAGCGCACCGGUCACUAUUUGACCAUAAAAGACAAUCAAAAUGUGCAGCUGCAUCCGUCUACCUGCCUGGACCACAAACCCGAUUGGGUAAUCUACAAUGAAUUUGUAUUGACUACGAAAAAUUAUAUACGAACAGUUACAGAUAUUAAGCCGGAAUGGCUACUCACUUUAGCCCCACAGUACUACGAAAUGACGAACUUUCCACAAUGCGAAGCAAAAAGACAACUGGAAAUGCUGCAGCAGCGUAUCGAAUCGAAGCAGUUUCAAAAAGGAUUUUAGUUUAAUCACUUAUAAACUGGGCGCGAUUUUAUUCCAAAAGGUUUUGCUUUUUUCAUUUAUUCUUUACUAAGUUUAUAUCGCCGUUUCCAAUUAAAUGGACAAAUAUAAUUAAAAACUUUAACAAACACAACUGCUGGCAGACAAAAUCUGCGGCUAUGAAUGUAUGUAUAUUAAAAAAUAAAAUUAAAACGCGUGCACAUUUGUAAACGUAUUAAGCGCAUUUGAAAUUGUAACGUAGUUCUUUUAGUGUGCCCUCAAAUAAAAAUGUAUGCAAAGCAUCAGCUUACAAAUAUUUAAACAUACAUACAUUCAUACAUACAUACAUCUAGUAAAUUAA